UGCAAAAUUCACGCCCACGGACGGAAACAUAUCGAUAAGUGCAUACAAAAGUAUUUGUGAAAAUGUCUGGUCAACGUGUCAAUGUGAAUGCCGCUGAAAAGGAUGUGGAGAAGUUUAUAAAAUUUUUGGUGUUGAAGUCAACUCAAGUGGUUGUUCAGUCGCGCUUAGGUGAAAAAAUACAGACUCCAUGUAAUCCACUCGCUACUAAUAGUGAUUGGUUCAACAUAGUUAUACAGGAUCAUCCUGAUAUUUACGCUGAAACGAAGCGUGCUUUAGCACUAGAACCAGGCCAAAGUAUAUUAAAGCGCUUGCCAUUAUGUGUGGAAAUUUCGCUACGAACUGUAGAAGGAGAUCAAAUGGUGCUGGAAGUUUGGUCGUUAGAUAUGCAAUUACCUGGAUGUCAUAAAUAUUGUAAAGACGACAUAUGCGAAGUACUCAUAAAGAAUGCAGAAAACGGAAAGGGAGGCGCUGCAAACGGCACUGGAGCACCUUUAUCAGAGCAGCAAACAUUGAAAGCAGCGCACGCCAUAUACAAUCGAAUGGGCAUAUUAUUGAAAUCUCUAAUCUCGUUAACGCGUGCAACUCCUGGAUACAAAUUAUCGCGACGUCAAUGCCCAGAAAUUUAUGGGAUUUACUAUCGUAUAUAUGUGGAUCGGCCACAGCUACAUACAUUGGGCGAAGGCCAUAAAAAUGUUAAAAUCGGGCAUUUAAACACAAUAGUUGGUACCUUAAGCAUGUCAGUUUCUUAUCGUACCAAAAUGACGAUCACACCCACUGCAGCUGAUACACACAAUGGCGAAUGCAAUACAAUUAUGCUAAAAUCUGAUCAUUUUAGGCGUGCUGAUUCUUCGCCAACACAAAACGUGUCAUUAAAUGGCUUGAAAAGAGGCAACGGGACUAAUGGCGAACGAAAAAUUGUUGAUAUUGAGAAGCCAUUGCGUCCAGGAGCAUUCACUGAUGUCGGAAAGCUGCGCCAAUGGACUGAAAAAGAUUAUGUUUUACCAGAAACACCACCUUUCGAAUGGUUAUUACGACGUCCACGCCACGAGAGUGGAGGGUCUGCUGGUUCAGUAGAGUCAUUAAAUAGAAAAAGCGACGGUAGCGCAAUAGCACCAAACACAUGUAAUGGACAAGAGCAAUGUGUGCAAAACAACAAUGAUGGUACCGGCUGUAGCGCGGACAACAACACAAAAGCUAUAAAUAAUAACAACGUUAUGGCGUUUAAGAGUUUAGAGAAUGGGCCAAAUGGUAUGCAGCCGAAAUCUCCAACUGAUUCUGCAACGCUGUCUCAGUCGCCUAUAAAAAGUCUUCUUAUACCUGCCCCCACAACAUCGCGUCACAGUACAACGCAAACUCAUCAACAAUCACGUCGCCCAGAUGAUGAUAGCUUGCUCAAGGAGUUAAAUUUUCCUUUUGCCUUACCCAAUUCACAUGUGAAUGACUUGGCGAAAUUUUAUCGGGAUUGUUAUCAUGCGCCGCCACUACUCGGAUUAAACGAAACACAGCCGGAGGCAGCGGUGGAACAAUUAGAGGAAUUUGAAACAUCUUUAGAAGACUACGACGAACUAGUUUCGCAACUAGGAUUAAGUACAUCAUCUUCUACGGGUAGCCGCAGCAGCGGUGGCUUGCAAAUGAGCAACUAAUAUCAACUAAAUGGGG